UGGGGCAGCCCUGGGCCCUGUUAAUACAAAUUCUACCACAGACUCCAGGCUGCAGAACGACAUCCAUGUUUCGCUCUAGCUCAUCCCAUCCUCCCAUGGGACAGGGGAGAGAAAUGGCUGCAGAGGAGCCUGUUCAGAGGCCAGUGACAUUUGAGGAGGUGGCUGUGUAUUUCACCAGGGAAGAGUGGGCUCUGCUGGACCCUGCUCAGAGAGCCCUCUACAGAGACGUCAUGCAGGAGAACUAUGAGAAUGUGACCUCGUUGGGGCAUAAACCUAUUGAUGCGUUUGGGGAAAACGUAUGUGAUUACUCCAUCCUUAUAAAGCAUCACAGAAUCCACACAGGGAAGAGGCCCUAUGAAUGCACUGAGUGUGGAAAAUGCUUCCCUAGCAGCUCAGCCCUUUCUCAACAUCAGAGAAUCCACACAGGGGAGAGGCCCUAUGAAUGCAGUGAGUGUGGGAAAAGCUUCACUAGCAGUUCACACCUUUCUAAACAUCAGAGAAUCCACACAGGGAAGAGGCCCUAUGAAUGCAGUGAGUGUGGAAAAUGCUUCACUAGAAGCUCAGGCCUUUAUCAACAUCAGAGAAUCCACACAGGGGAGAGGCCCUAUGAAUGCAGUGAGUGUGGCAAAAACUUCACUAGCAGCUCAAACCUUCUUACCCAUCAGAGAAUCCACACAGGGGAGAGGCCCUAUGAAUGCAGUGAGUGUGGAAAAUGCUUCAGUAGCAGCUCAGGCCUUUAUCAACAUCAGAGAAUCCACACAGGGGAGAGGCCCUAUGAAUGCAGUGAGUGUGGAAAAUGCUUCACUGACAGCUCAUCCCUUUCUCAACAUCAGAGAAUCCACACAGGGGAGAGGCCCUAUGAAUGCAGUGACUGUGGGAAAACCUUCAGUCGCAGUUCACAGCUUAUUAGGCAUCAGAGAAUCCACACAGUUAAGAGGCCCUAUGAAUGCAGUGUGUGUGGCAAAAACUUCUCUAGCAGCUCAAACCUUCUUACCCAUCAGAAAAUCCACACAGGGGAGAGGCCCUAUGAAUGCAGUGAGUGUGGGAAAAACUUCACUAGCAGCUCAAACCUUCUUGCCCAUCAGAGAAUCCACACAGGGGAGAGGCCCUAUGAAUGCAGUGAGUGUGGAAAAUGCUUCACUGACAGUUCAUCCCUUUCUCAACAUCAGAGAAUCCACACAGGGGAGAGGCCCUAUGAAUGCAGUGAGUGUGGGAAAACCUUCAGUCGCAGUUCACACCUUAUUAGGCAUCAUAGAAUCCACACAGGGGAGAGGCCCUAUGAAUGCAGUGAGUGUGGGAAAACCUUCAGUCGCAGUUCACACCUUAUUAGGCAUCAAAGAAUCCACACAGGGGAGAGGCCCUAUGUAUCCAGUGUGUGUGGAAAAUGCUUCACUAGGAUCUCAGACCUUAUUAGACAUCAGAAAAUCCACACCGGUGGGAGACCCUAUAAAUGCAGUGAGUGUGGGAAAGAGGAGCUGAGGAUCCCGUCGACGCCGGAGGCGUUCGCGACGGCAAGAGAGCUGAUCGAGGCGACGGCCCCGUCAUAUCAGCCGCCGGCACCACCGGUGCGGACAUUCAAGUCCCUCGGCAAGCCAGCGAUGGUGCGCCCCUCAUCUCCGGGCGACCGUGGCGACCGCGGCUCCAGAAUCCGGUCUCGAUCCCGGUCUAUCUCCCGGAGAAGGCAGCCGGGCUCGGCACCAUCGAUACCGGUGGCCACCGUCAGUCGAGCCCCCCCGUCCCCACCGACGCAAGCCGCCGCCCACGGCCCUUCUUUGGGCCAGGACUCGCUGCAGCCAGAUCGCCAGAAGAACAGUGCCACUAUCUGGCAGUCGCCCUCCUCCGUUGCCCCCACGGCGCGAGGCGUCGAAAGGAAGUAUUCCGUCCCGCCCCAGGGCUACGAAUACUUGUACGUCCACCCCACCCCGGACUCGCUGGUGGUCCAAUCGGUCAAUGACCGCGAACGACACGGUCAACCUGCCGCUGCGCCGAAGGCGAAGGACGCCCGGCGCAUGGACUUAUUAGGGCGUAAAAUCUAUUCGGCGGGAGGCCUCCAACUCCGUAUAGCCAACCAGAUGGCCCUCUUAUCCAGAUACACUUUUAAUAUCUUGGGGUGCCUUGCGAAGUUCACGGAGCUAACCCCUCAGGAAUCCCGCCCUGAAUUCUCAGCGCUGCUGGAGGAGGGCAAGUUAGCCUCCAGAACACUGAUCAAAGCGGCCGUAGACGCAGCAGACUCAGGGGCUCGAACGGGGCUGUUUUCUGAGAAAACGGAUGCCAGAAUCCAGUCCCUAAAGGAUGGGAGGGUUGCGAUACGAACUCUGGGUAUGCACACGCCGGCCACGCAGAGGCGUUCGUUCCGCCAACAGCCCUACCGUCCCUUCAACCAGGCCAGGUCUCGGCCGUUUAACAACCGCCGAACGGCCCCCUUCCGCCGUAGACCGUCAGGGGGGCGGCGCAACCAGGCGCAGAACUCGUCCAAGGCUCCGCAAGCCCAAAAGCCGGCCUUUUGA